AUGGAUUCUCAACAGCUCAGUUCAAGUAGUGUUACAGGCAUCAAGGUGAAUAAUAAUAAUAGUUUCAGUCAAGAAAACUUAAAAGUUUUAUUAGAUAGAAUACAGAAAAUGCAAGCUGAAGGUGCCACUGAAACUAAUACAUUUAAAUUGAUCUCUCGUAAUAUACCAAUCCCACCUCAAUUAGAACAGGCAAUGCUUAAUCCAGAAUUAGUCCAAACUUUAAUUCCUAUGCAAAACGAUUUUGCUGCAAAUUAUAAUGAUUAUAUUAAUCCACAUUCUUACUACCAUAAACCUACUAACACUUAUGUAAAUGCUUUUCAUAAUCAAAAAUUAUUGGUCCCUUCUAUAACACCUAUAGGGUUUGAUCCUGUAGUUCAUGCUGUUGAACAGGAAAAGGCUUUAAAUGCUAAAAUUAAUCAAAGAAUCCUCGAGCUCAAACACGAUCUUAUGAUUAAUAAUAUUAAUAAAGUCAAAACCGAGGAUGGUUUAAAUCAUCAUCAUCAGUCACUAGAUAACUUAAAAUUGAAAGAAUACAAGAUUUUAAAUUUAAUAGCUAGGCAAAAAAAGCUUCGUAAUGAUAUUUUUUUUGCCAUGUCUAGAAAGACCAGAUUAAUUUCUACGGUUGAUCGUGCUUCUUGUAGAAAUAUGAAAAGGCCAUCAAUGAUGGAUUCUAGAAUCACUGAAAGCCUUGAAAUAGCACAAAGAGAGGAUAGAGAAAGAAAGGAAAAACAAAAACAUAUAAAUUUCUUACAAAGUAUAUGUAUUCAUGGUCGUAACUUGGCACAAUGGCAUCGUACAAAUAAUAACAAACAAUUAAAAUUGGGUCGUUCUGUGUUAAAUUAUCAUGCUCAAGUUGAGAAAGAGGAGCAGAAAAGAGCUGAGCGUAUCUCAAAAGAGCGUCUUAGAGCUUUGAAAGAUGACGAUGAGGAAGCUUAUUUGAAACUUAUAGACAAGGCUAAAGACACCAGAAUCACCCAUUUGUUAAAACAGACCAAUGCCUAUCUUGAUUCUUUGGCUCAAGCUGUUGUUGCUCAACAAAGUGAUGAGUUACACAAUGAUCCAUCUGAUGGCAAAAAAGUUGAUUAUUAUAAAGUUGCGCAUAAAAUAAGCGAAGAAGUUGAGCAACCUUCUAUUAUGGAAGGUGGCACACUCAAGGAUUAUCAAGUAAAAGGUUUACAAUGGAUGGUUUCAUUAUAUAAUAAUAGAUUAAAUGGUAUACUUGCAGAUGAAAUGGGCCUCGGAAAGACAAUUCAAACGAUAUCUUUAAUUACAUAUCUUAUUGAAAGGAAAAGGCAGAAUGGUCCAUUCUUAAUUGUAGUUCCAUUAUCAACAUUAACAAAUUGGACAAUGGAAUUUGACAAGUGGGCGCCAUUAGUUAGAAAAUGUGUUUACAAGGGAACACCAGCGGUACGCAAAGAAUUACAACAACAAUAUACCAAGCACAUCAAUUUCCAAGUUUUACUCACCACUUAUGAAUAUAUAAUCAGGGAUAAAGCUGUUUUAAGCAAAAUAAGAUGGGUUUAUGUAAUAAUAGACGAGGGACAUCGUAUGAAAAAUGUCAAUUCAAAAUUGUCAAUGAUUUUGACUAAUAAUUAUCAGUGUCGUUAUCGUUUGAUUCUUACUGGAACACCAUUACAAAAUAAUUUACCAGAGUUAUGGUCAUUGUUAAAUUUCAUAUUACCAAAAAUAUUUGACUCUGUUAAAAGUUUUGAUGAAUGGUUUAAUACACCAUUUGCAAACACAGGUGGUCAAGAUAAAAUAGCUUUAAAUGAAGAGGAAUCUUUACUUAUCAUUAGACGUCUACACAAGGUACAAUUUUAA